AUGGGGCGCCCCCCAGAGCCCCGCAGCACCCCGGCCUCCGCAGGCACCACCAUUGUGCCCGGGAUCACUCCAGAUCUUGUUACCAGGAUCCCCUGGCCACGCUGGGCAUCCGCUGCCAUCGCCCUCGCUGCUGGUGUCCUCCUCGUUUCCUGCCUCCUCUGUGCCAUCUGCUGCUGCUGCCGCCGCUGCCGCCACCACAGGAAGAAGCCCAGAGACAAGGAGGCUGUGGGCCUGGGCAGUGCCCGAGGCACCACCACCACCCACCUGGUGCAGCCGGAUGUGGAUAACCUGCAGUCUGGCCCCGGGGGGCCUCCGCAGUGGGGGCGCCUGCAGCUCUCGCUGGAGUACGACUUGGGAAGCCAGGAGAUCAGAGUGGGUCUGAAGCAAGCAGCCGACCUGAGGGCCGGGGGCACAGCAGACCCCUACGCCCACGUCAGCGUCUCCACCCAGGCUGGGCACAGUCAUGAGACAAAGGUGCAUCGUGGCACACUCUGCCCUGUGUUUGAGGAAACUUGCUGCUUUCAUGUCUCCCCUGCAGAGCUACCUGGGACCACCCUGCGUGUGCAGCUCCUGGACUUCAAGCGCUUCUCCAGGCACGAGCCACUGGGUGAGCUCAGCCUGCCGCUGGAUGCUGUGGAUCUGAGGCACGUCCUGGAGCGCUGGUACCAGCUGGGCCCACCGGGCACUGCCGAGCCUGAGCAGAUGGGGGAGCUGUGUUUCUCGCUCCGGUACGUGCCCAGCUCGGGCCGGCUGACUGUGGUAGUGCUGGAGGCCCGAGGCCUGAGUCCAGAGCUGACAGAGCCCUACGUGAAGGUCCAGCUCAUGCUGAGGCAGAAGAAGUGGAAGAGGAGAAAGACGUCUGCCAGGAAGGGCACAGCCACCCCCUAUUUCAACGAGGCCUUCACCUUCCUGGUGCCCUUCAGCCAGGUCCAGAGCGUGGACCUGGUGCUGGCUGUCUGGGCCCGUGGCCCACAGCUCCGGGCCGAGCCUGUGGGCAAGGUGCUGCUGGGCGCUCGGGCCUCUGGCCAGCCCCUGCAGCACUGGGCAGACAUGCUGGCCCAUGCCCGGCGGCCCAUCGCCCAGUGGCACCGCCUGCGGCCUGCCAAGGAGGUGGACCGUGCCCUGGCCCUGCAGCCAUGCCUACGCUUGCCCCUGCCUCACUCCUGAAAGCACACUGUGCCUUGGUCUCCCCAGGCCACGCUGGGGAACCCACUGUAAUAAAUGCCUUUUCCCACAA